AUGCCCGACCGGGGCAUGACCUCGGUGGACGACUUCUACCAGGGCACCCGCGCCGCCCUGGCAGGGGGCACCACCAUGAUCAGUAUGUACACUGCCACCUACCCACUGUCUGUCCUCCCCCUCUCAAGAGACAUGGGCAGGGCACAGUGCCAGCUCCAUCUAUGGCAUCACCAGUUCCUGAGCCCAUAAAGUGCCCAUCUGCUACAGACUGUUAUGCUAGCGUGCCACCAAGUUCUGCUGAGUGCGGUGAAAAGUGGACUAGGGAGGACAUUAAAAAUGUUUUUCAAGUUGUUUAUCCACUCUCCUCCGAAUGGCUCUGUAAUAAGCGUGGCCUGCCUAUAGCAUUCCUAGAGUUCUACUGUAUAUCCUAGCUGCCUCAGUAAAGGUCCAUCUCCCUCCUCAGCAGUUACAGACUCCUGAAGAGUAAGGUGGCUUUAUCACAUCAUGCAGAAUGCUGACUCCUGCUGACAGCACUGCAGAGUCCACAGAACCAUCUCUGUAAAUGGGUCACAUCACGAAACAGAGGCUUACAGCUGGGUCACAGUGCAGUACAGGCUAGUGGAAGAAACAUGAUGCAAGACCCUGAUCUAGGCUUUUAAUCUGAGCUACUGCAUAUCAUAGUUGAAAGCAACCAUAACAAUAAGAAUGAACCAAUUUACUAAACAAUUGUAUGUAUGUGUGUGUGUGUGUCCACUAGUUGACCACGUGGUUCCGGAACCCGGGGUCAGUUUGCUGUCUGCCUUUGAGCAGUGGCGUGAGUGGGCGGACAGCAAGUCCUGCUGUGACUACUCCUUACAUGUAGACAUCACUGAGUGGCACAAGGGAGUCCAGGAGGAAAUGGAGGCCCUUGUCAAGGACCACGGUACAGACACACCCACAUUAACAUCUCAUUAUGUUAUAUAGUACAUUUUGAUUGGUUGUGUUCAUGUUUUCUAUUUAUGUAUGGUUGUUAGAUUUCCUACAUGUAUGUUCAGAUGUUAUUGGUCUCUUCGCCUCUCUUUGUUUCUCGUCCCACUCUAACUCUAUGUGCCUUCUUUUGACACGUGCUCUCUUUCCUCAGGUGUCAACUCUUUCCUUGUCUAUCUGGCUUAUAAGGAUGUUUUCCAGCUUACUGACUCUCAGGUAUGACAUACUUUAUCAUAGAGUAGUUUUUUUUACAUUGGCUCUCUGUUUGUCUUACAGGAAACACACAGCGAUCGCUACCGCCACAAAGAACAUGAAUGGUUAAAAUAAUCUUUAAAAAAAAGUAUGAAAGGAAUUCACCUCUUUUCGCACCACAUUAACUGUACUGUUAAAGUUAUGGGGCAGAAUCAUACUGAAUACUCAAUACAUUGCACUGUAUGACAUCAUAUACUGUAGCUCUCCAGGUCUGACUCUUCCUCCCCUCCCAGCAUAGCCUGCUCUGCUCUGGGCUGAGGGCUGAGUUGAGGGAGGGUGGGGGAGGUUGAGGCAGUCAUUGUCUGUGUGUGUGUCUCCAGAGGGAGUAAGGGAUGAUGAAUGAAUGCACCAGUCCAAGUCUUUGUGUCUGACUCAUGGUAAAACAGAUUAAUCGUGGACUGGAGGCUCCUUUGAAAACAGCCCGCGUUGCUCUUUGCACCUGUGUGAGGAAUGCAUUGAGGCUGCUCGGCCAGAGCAUUUCACUCUAUUUUGUGCAGGUCUCCCACGGCAACCUAUGAUAGCUCUUUAUUGCAUUUCUGGCUGCUGGGGAAUGAUGACUCUUACAAGACUCAUACAUCACUCAUACAUCAGUAACUGGUUCUCCUCUACCACUGUUGUAUUUGAGACCUUCAGUGUGAGUUUUGCAUUCCUAUGUGAAAUUGGCAUUAUCGUUCAAUUUGCUCAGCUAUCAGAGGAUGCUCAAUUAACUUUACAAGUUUACCUUGUAUGUGUGUCUGUUCUAUGACCCAUCUGUGGUUGUCUGACGCUGCUGACAUGGUUAUUUCCUGUAGGUCUAUGAGGUGUUCAGUGUGAUCCGGGAUCUGGGGGCCAUCGCUCAGGUCCAUGCUGAGAACGGAGACAUUGUGGCUGAGGUAAUACCUGAUGCUAAUAGGGUUGGGCGGUAUCCAGAUUUUCAUAUCGUCAUACCAUCCUUCUCUCAUCCCGGGCUUUACGGUAUUACCGGCUUAGUACACAAGGGGGCGGCAAAAAACUAAAAAAAGGCCAUUGGGCAUCUAUUACCAGAAUGUUAACAAAAUUAGCAUAAGUAAUAAUGAAUUUCCAUGGAGGCUGCUAGCUAAAUAUGCUAACGAGCGCAAACAAAAAUAACUGAAUUGCAAAGACAGUCAACCCAGCUCAUAAAGUUAUAUAUUUAAGCAAUAAGGCUAGAGGGGUGUGGUAUAUGGCCAGUAUACCACGGCUAAGGGCUAAUCUUAAGCACGACGCAACGCAGAGUGCUAGGACACAGCCCUUAGCCGUGGUAUAUUGGCCAUAUAUCACAAUCCCCCGAGGUGCCUUAUUGCUAUUAUAAACUGGUUACCAACGUAAUUAGAGCAGUAAAAAUAAAUGUUUUGUCAUACCCGUGGUAUACGGUGGUAUAUACCACAGCUUUCAGCCAAUCAGAAUUCAGGGCUCGAACCACCCAGUUUAUAAAUAUAUAUAUACAGUGGGGAGAACAAGUAUUUGAUACACUGACGAUUUUGCAGGUUUUCCUACUUACAAAGCAUGUAGAGGUCGUAAUUUUUAUCAUAGGUACACUUCAAAUGUGAGAGACGUGAAUCUAAAACAAAAAUCCAGAAAAUCACAUUGUAUGAUUUUUAAGUAAUUAAUUUGCAUUUUAUUGCAUGGACAUAAGUAUUUGAUUACAUCAAAAGCAGAACUUAAAUUUGGUACAGAAAACCCUUGUUUGCAAUUACAGGAUCAUAACGGUUUGCUGUAGGUCUUGACCAGGUUUGGCACCACUGCAGCAGGGAUUGGGCCCCACUACCUCCAUACAUACUCUCCAGAUCCUUCAGGUUUCGGGGCUGUCUCUGGGCAAUACAGACCUUCAGCUCCCUCCAAAGAUUUUCUAUUGGGUUCAGGUCUGGAGACUGGCUAGGCCACUCCAGGACCUUGAGAUGCUUCUUACGGAGCCACUUCUUAGUUGCCCUGGCUGUGUGUUUCGGGUCGUUGUCAUGCUGGAAGACCCAGCCACGACCCAUCUUCAAUGCUCUUACUGAGGGAAGGAGGUUGUUGGCCAAGAUCUCGCGAUACAUGGCCCCAUCUAUCCUCCCCUCAAUACGGUGCAGUCGUCCUGUCCCCUUUGCAGAAAAGCAUCCCCAAAGAAUGAUGUUUCCACCUCAAUGCUUCACGGUUGGGAUGGUGUUCUUGGGGUUGUACUCAUCCUUCUUCUUCCUCCAAACACGGUGAGUGUUUAGACCAAAAAGCUAUAUUUUUGUCUCAUCAGACCACAUGACCUUCUCCCAUUCCUCCUCCGGAUCAUCCAGAUGGUCAUUGGCAAACUUCAGACGGGCCUGGACAUGCGCUGGCUUGAGCAGGGGGACCUUGCGUGCGCUGCAGGAUUUUAAUCCAUGACGGCGUAGUGUGUUACUAAUGGUUUUCUUUUAGACUGUGGUCCCAGCUCUCUUCAGGUCAUUGACCAGGUCCUGCCGUGUAGUUCUGGGCUGAUCCCUCACCUUCCUCAUGAUCAUUGAUGCCCCACGAGGUGAGAUCUUGCAUGGAUUCCCAGACCGAGGGUGAUUGACCGUCAUCUUGAACUUCUUCCAUUUUCUAAUAAUUGCGCCAAUAGUUGUUGCCUUCUCACCAAUCUGCUUGCCUAUUGUCCUGUAGCCCAUCCCAGCCUUGUGCAGGUCUACAAUUUUAUCCCUGAUGUCCUUACACAGCUCUCUGGUCUUGGCCAUUGUGGAGAGGUUGGAGUCUGUUUGAUUGAGUGUGUGGACAGGUGUCUUUAAUACAGGUAACGAGUUCAAACAGGUGCAGUUAAUACAGGUAAUGAGUGGAGAACAGGAGGGCUUCUUAAAGAAAAACUAACAGGUCUGUGAGAGCCGGAAUUCUUACUGGUUGGUAGGUGAUCAAAUACUUAUGUCAUGCAAUAAAUGCAAAUUAAUUACUUAAAAAUCAAUUGAUUUCUGAAUUUGUUUUAGAUUCGUUCUAGAUACCACCAAAAGAAUUCCGGGCUCUCACAGCCUUUUGUUUUAUUUAAGAAGCCCUCAUUUUUCUCCACCUUUUACCGUAUUAACUGCACCUGUUUGAACUCAUUCCCUUUUUAAAAAGCACCUGUCCCACCCAACAAAAGACCCCAAACCCUCUCCCAUGGCCAAAGACCAAGAGCUUGAAGGGACAUCGGGGAUACUUUGGAACCCUUUCACAAGGGGGGAGGGGCCGGACAAAGGCCAGCGUUGUGAGAAGGCAACAACGUUGGCGCAAUUAUUAUAAAAUGGAAGAAGUUCAAGAUGACGGUCAAUCACCCUCGGUCUGGGGCUCCAUGCAAGAUCUCACCUCAUGGGGCAUCAAUGAUCAUGAGGAAGGUGAGGGAUCAGCCCAGAAUUACACGGCAGGACCUGGUCAAUGACCUGAAGAGAGCUGGGACCACAGUCUCAAAGAAAACCAUUAGUAACACACUACGCCGUCAUGGAUUAAAAUCCUGCAGUGCACGCAAGGUCCCCCUGCUCAAGCCAGCGCAUGUCCAGGCCCGUCUGAAGUUUGCCAAUGACCAUCUGGAUGAUCCAGAAGAGGAAUGGGAGAAGGUAAUGUGGUCUGAUGAGACAAAAAUAGAGCUUUUUGGUCUAAACUCCACUCGCCGUGUUUGGAGGAAGAAGAAGGAUGAGUACAACCCCAAGAAGACCAUCCCAACCGUGAAGCAUGGAGGUGGAAACAUCAUUCUUUGGGGAUGCUUUUCUGCAAAGGGGACAGGACGACAGCACCGUAUUGAGGGGAGGAUGGAUGGGGCCAUGUAUCGCGAGAUCUUGGCCAACAACCUCCUUCCCUCAGUAAGAGCAUUGAAGGUGGGACGUGACUGGGUCUUCCAGCAUGACAACGACCCGAAACACACAGCCAGGGCAACUAAGGAGUGGCUCCGUAAGAAGCAUCUCAAGGUCCUGGAGUGGCCUAGCCAGUCUCCAGACCUGAACCCAAUAGAAAAUCUUUGGAGGGAGCUGAAAAUCCGUAUUGCCCAGCGACAGCCCUGAAACCUGAAGGAUCUGGAGAAGGUCUGUAUGGAGGAGUGGGCCAAAAUCCCUGCUGCAGUGUGUGCAAACCUGGUCAAGACCUACAGGAAACGAAUGAUCUCUGUAAUUGCAAACAAAGGUUUCUGUACCAAAUAUUAAGUUCUGCUUUUCUGAUGUAUCAAAUACUUAUGUCAUGCAAUAAAAUGCAAAUUAAUUACUUAAAAAUCAUACAAUGUGAUUUUCUGGAUUUUUGUUUUAGAUUCCGUCUCUCACAGUUGAAGUGUACCUAAUGAUAAAAAUUACAGACCUCUACAUGCUUUGUAAGUAGGAAAAUCUGCAAAAUUGGCAGUGUAUCAAAUACUUGUUCUCCCCACUGUGUAUAUAUAUAUAUAUAUAUAUAUAUAUAUAUAUAUAUAUAUAUAUAUAUAUAUAUAUAUAUAUAUAUAUAUAUAUAUAUAUAUAUAUAUAUAGGUAGGAGCAACCAAAUGUAAUUUUGGUGAGUUUGGACAUUUACAAGCAAAUGUGAACGAGUUUUGAUGCAUGCUUGUCUGAAGGACGAACAGUACUGGAGUCGCUAGGGCAACGGGCUAGCCUGCUCUGCUCAGAGAAGAGGGGGGAGGAGCAGACGGAGAGGAGAAAAAAUGCAAGGAAAUCAAGAUAGCACUGGCAGCUGUACAGAUAACUAAUCCAAAGGGCUUUGACUUCUCAAACAUGGCAGAAAGCUAACACAAUAUGAUGCCCCGUCACCUUAUUAAUUCAGCCACUUACUUAGAUAACUAGCAAGUUAAACUUAGGGGUUGCGUUAACACAGAAUUCUGAAUUUGUCACGCAGAAAGAAAAGAUAAAACGCAUAAGAAAUAUCUUGCUGUGUUUUGGAAACGCAGAUCUAAAAUGCUUCUUAUUGUAAUUUUUGCUCAGCAUCAGACUAAUUAUGUGCUUCAGUUGCACUUCUCCACUCAGAUGAGAAUUCACAAACAGGCAUUUUAUCACGAGACAGAGCUGAUUGAUGUGUAGCUACCUUUCUCCAGGUACUUUUCUCGCUGUAGCCAGCCUACUUUUCUCAGGUAAAAUUCACUUUAAGCAAAACAUUAGCAAAUGUAGCUGGCUACAUUCUUUCUAUGAAUAACAUUAGAAAUAUGAUGGCCAUGCAUCGUUUCGGCAAAAAAGAACUUGCUUUUUCAUUGUAUGCUCAUUUACUUGUGUGGCUGCCAGCCAAAUAGCGUUGAACUUCUGUUGUCAUCUGAUGAAAAUGAAGCUAUUUUCUGCCGAAUUUGUUGCACUAAUGUAUUUUCUGUGAAGGAAAACUAUAGUUGUAUGUCCCUGAACACUCUAUUGAAGCAAAAAAACACUGUUGACUUUCAAUAUAAAACACGACCCCUGUCAAUACACAGCUGGACUCACCUGCACCCACUUUCUCCCAUUGUGUUAUUUACAAACAAACACGUGACUGUCUUUCAACGGUAUUGAAAAACCCUCCCAUGGCUAUUUCCAAAUACCCCAGUAUACGGUAUACCAUCAAAGCCUAGGAAACAAUACACCAUUUACUGGACUAUCAAAACCCUAUCGACCUUAUCUAACACUGGAUGUAUUUAAAGCAUGCCUGUUCUGUCCAUUCAGGAGCAGCGUCGAAUCCUAGAGCAGGGCAUCACUGGACCUGAGGGGCACGUCUUGAGCCAUCCUGAAGAGGUAUAAUGCAUCAGCAUUUGACUUCAGAGUUCUUACCUAUUUCUGUUUUUAUCUUCCCUUUCUGUUUUCAAAAUGCGUCCUUGCAUGGUCACCUUGACCUCUGAACCCUGGGUGUGUCUUUCAGGUGGAGGCAGAGGCUGUCAACCGUUCUGUGAUAGUAGCCAAUCAGACCAACUGUCCCCUCUACGUCACUAAGGUGAUGAGCAAGAGUGCUGCUGAUGUCAUCGCUCAGGCCAGGAAGAAGGGUGAGAGACUGUUGAUAGGCUGUUGCUAGGGUACAAACAUACAGAAAGAUGAAGGGAAGAUGCACAUGUGUGAGCCAAAAGAAGGGAGAGGCACCAUAUUAUGUCAAUAACAUCAUUUACAUUUGUAAUCACAUCAUGUUUCUGAUUGGCCUUGCAGGCACGGUGGUGUACGGGGAGCCAAUCACUGCCAGCCUGGGUACAGACGGCUCACACUAUUGGAGCAAGAACUGGGCCAAGGCUGCCGCCUUCAUCACGUCCCCGCCCCUUAGCCCAGACCCGACCACACCCGACUAUCUCAACUCCCUGCUCUCCUGGUGAGAGCACUAACUCCAUACCAUUACACUGGAUUGGACCAUAUGGACAAAUAUUCAUAUGGUGUAAACUGUUAUCAUGGUAACAAUAUAAAGUAGGACAAUCAUCCCACUCUGAGCCCAAGUGGCACAGUCUCAUCUCUUGUCCUGUGCCCUCCUCUCCAGUGGGGACCUGCAGGUGACUGGCAGUGCCCACUGCACCUUCAACACUGCCCAGCGCGCUGUUGGGAAAGAUGACUUCACCCUCAUCCCUGAGGGUACCAACGGCACUGAGGAGAGAAUGUCCCUCAUCUGGGACAAGUGUGUGGUGAGAGACUACAUGUUAUAUAUAUAUAUAUAUAUAUAUAUAUAUAUAUAUAUAUAUAUAUAUAUAUAUUACAUACAGUAUACUCAUAUACAGUACAUAGUAUAUACAGUAGAACGUACAGUGUACAUCAUGUGUAGAAUUUGUAUGCAUUGUUUGAAUUUGCACAUUCACACAACAAUUGCAUACACACACUCAUCUAUAACCACAAAAAUGUGAUUUUCUCCCAAAGUUAACUGCCCAAUUCUCUGUGUUCCCCUGGCUCAUUCAGGUGACAGGUAAAAUGGAUGAGAACCAGUUUGUGGCGGUCACCAGCACCAACGCUGCUAAGAUCUUCAACCUGUACCCCCGUAAGGGCCGCAUCGCUGUGGGCUCUGACGCUGACCUGGUACUCUGGGACCCAGACGUCACCAAGAUCAUCUCAGCCAAGAGCCACAACUCGGUCAGUCACAUACUCACACUAAGCACAAAUACUAUACCAUCAGAAAGGCACAAUCUACUGUAUAUCCAGCCAUAUGGUAUUACACGUGGUAUUACACCACAGAUUCAUCUUUGGGAAACUGUCCAAAAUUAAAUUGUUAUACUUUGAACAUUCAAGUGAACUUGAUAGGUUAAAUUGCAAUGGUUCUAUGAAAUUACCAUACUUGUAUUUUUAUGGUCAUCUGACUCCUGACCACAUAUGAUUGGUUGGGUUCCCCAGCUCUAGGGCGUGGGCCUUAUGGUGAUUCAGAGGAGUGAUGUCAUCCCCAAACUCUGCCAGAGUACUGGAACAUGUCAUUUCUGAUUGUUAGCAGGCAAAUCACAGUGUGUGUGUGUGUGCUUUUGCAAUCUAAUCGCUCUAGCUCUCCGUGUUCUUUGGUUUCUUUCUUUCCAUUUGGUCAGGAAAUGGACUAAUGUACAUGGGGAAAAUUGGUAAUUCAGAAAGACAUUGUGUGUGUGUGUGUUGGGAGGUCCUGCCUCCGGGUGACCUCAUACUUUUUCUAAUCCCUAUGGAGCCCACUAAAUUGCCAUGACCUCAGCCCUAAUCAGCCAGUAGCAUUUAGGAAGGUGGUCACACUUCACACUGCUCUCUACUGCACACACCAUCCCUGUAAGUGCCUGGUAACUCUGCUCCUUGUUGCCUGGCUAAAUCAAUGGUCUGUGGUCUGGAGAGACUCAGAUCUCACCACCACAUCGAUGAUGCUAUCUCUGGAGGGGUUUUCAAUUGUCAUUUAUCUAACCUUUGAAAAACCCAUAGGGGACUUAAUGAUUUGAACGUUGGCCCACUAUAAAACAACUGCUCUACUGGCACAGGAUGGAGAAGGAUGGCGGUCCACCACAGUAGUACUAAACACCAGUCAACUCACACAAAUCAUAAGAGGCUGAUAUAUGGGCAUAUUGGUCUGAUCGAAAAAUAAUCUAUUGUACUACAUUCUGCCUCUCCUCCUCUCUCCCCCGUCACUCUUCCAGAAUGUGGAGUACAACAUCUUUGAGGGUGUGGAGGUGCGUGGCGCGCCCCUGGUAGUGAUCAGCCAGGGUAAGAUCGUCCUGGAGGAGGGGAACCUCCACACCACCGAGGGGUGUGGCCGCUUCGUGGGCCGGAAGCCCUUCUGUGACUAUGUCUACAAGAGGAUAAAGGCCCGCAGCAGGGUAAGGCACCGUUAUGGAACUGUAUCAUUGUGGUCUGCUGUCUUUUGCAUUGAUGUGUUUUAUUUCCAAGGGAGUGGAUUUCCUUUUCAAAAACCCUGUGUUAUGUUAAGUUGUUGACUCAUGAUAAGAUGAGGGUAUUUGCUGACAAGUUAGAUGUUGCAUUCCACUAUCGGGAGCAGGGGUAAAAGUUCUCAGUCACUGCGACGGAUUUCCAUCAUAUGGAUUUUGUUGUUGUUAUUAUUGAUUUUUUAAUCUAUAUUUUAUUUAAAAAAUAUAUAUCAAAUUGAAAAGGACUGGAGCUGGUCAAACUCGCAGUUUAAUGUACAAAAUGAUCCUCUUUCCCUAAAAGCUUUUUACAUGAAAGGGGAGGUUAACUUGGCCCUGCAGACAAUCGAUCUGCGAUUGACUUAAGUUUCAGUCAUGGGAUUAUUUUGGGGUUCAACCCUGCAGUAGGUUUGGGUUGUUUGAUCUUGACUCUUGAGUCUGCCUCCUCCCUGUUCUCCAGCUGGCUGAGCUAAGGGGUGUUCCCCGGGGUCUCUAUGACGGGCCUGUCUGUGAGGUGUCAGUCACACCCAAAUCUAUGACUCCUGCCUCCUCUGCCAAGACCUCUCCAGCCAAGCAGGCAGCAGCCGGCGCCCAGCCUGUCCGCAACCUGCACCAGUCAGGGUUCAGCCUAUCUGGUGAGAAGCACUGGGGUGGAUCCAUGGAUCCAUUCACUAGAGAUAUCUGACAUUAUAUCUAUCAUAGUUUUGAUGAUACAUUUUCAUAACAAUGAAAGUGUCAUAAUACAGUGAUAUUGACUUCCUCCUCCUGUACUUGUAGGUGCUCAAGUUGAUGACAACCUUCCUCGGCGUAACACCCAGCGCAUUGUGGCGCCACCCGGUGGCAGGGCCAACAUCACCAACCUG